AUGGCUGGGGGCACCCAGCGGAAGACCGUUGUGGCUGGCAAUGGCGUCCUCUUUGAGGUUGUCUUCCAGAAUGCCGACCCGAGCAAAAAACCAGCUCACGGCAUCUCGCUGAGCUACGGCGGGCAGGUCUACAGAUGCAGCGACGCGGCGUCGAUUGGCUCCGUCCACACCAUCCACACGGACGAUGAGGAUGACGAGGACGAUUGUCUAAGAAAUUCGCGCGGUCAUGGCAAAGAUCAUAGUCAAGCUUCCCAUCGAAAGCCUUCGUCAUCUGCUUGCCUGAAGAAAAGUCCCCGGGGAUCUAUCCUACGGUCCCCUCUCGCGCCCAAGCCGUCGCCGAAAAAGCUGAGGAGGAGUCGCACUCUCUCGCCCUCGCACCAGUCCCGGACGCGCUCUAUCUUGGCUCCAUUCUCCAAUUUCUCGCGAAAGUUAUCUUUUCGUCGCCACAGCUACGAUGAAGACGCAAAGACGAAGCAAGAUAAGCGCCAGGUUCGGCAAGAGGCGACCAAACCUGUGAUUGGCCCGAGACCGAUUGUGCAAAACAUUCCCCUUGGUUGCCAACAAGCGCCACCGUCCUUUGUCUAUCAGAAGCAGUUUCCAAUGUAUCACUACGUACCAGCUCCUCAUCCUCAGCCAGUGUUUGGCGCUCCGCCACCAGCCUAUCCAAUGGCACAUGGUGCGCCUCCAAACAACAUUGCUCCUCAGUGUCCGCCGGCGCUUCAACAGCUGCAAGAUCACAUCAACCACCUCACUUCUAUAGUGGCCGCUAAUCCGAUUGACUUGCUUGCCAAGCGAGAGUUGGGUCAGCUACUCGCGGAGCGCAAUGCUUUCUUGGACUCUGCGACCAAGAAGACCGCGACGACGGUUAAUCCCAGCCGCGUCGAAACGAUGAAGCCAAAGAAAGAUGGUGUGCGUUUCAUUGCUUCAAAGAAGCCGAUUCUUGACGACUCAGGCGGCGAUGAGUUGCAGGAAAAUGCUGCUGCUAGCAUCGGUUCCAGCAAGUCGAGUGUUGCGCCAGAGCAGCACCACAUUUGCUCUGGCUGCGGUGAGCAGCGCUCACCAAGCUUCCAUCGAAAGCACCCUUUUGCGAAGCCUGUUCACAACGUCUGCCGAAAGUGCCGCGAGGGCAAGCGAGCCAGUAGUGUCUUGAACCGCUACCACUUUUGCGACAGCUGCGGCAUUGUUCGGUCGAAAGAGUACCACCACCGUCGCGGAAAUGCUACGUCGGUCUCGGGACGGUCCAAAAUUUGUCGCAAGUGCCAUUUGAACGGCAACCAUGUACGUGAAUCUACGAACAAGGCUCCCCGCGAUUACAAGGACCUGAGUAAAGACGGAAAACGCAAGGAGGUUGUCACCUCAAAGUCAGUUGCCCGUACUGCAUCUGCAUUGCCGAGGGAAUCUGUCAAGAUUGAGCCCCGAGCUCGAUCCAGACAGUCACAACGACAGAGGAACUCUGCAGAUAACAAUGGCGUUUUGGGUCAUGAUGGCAGAUCCGACUUGGGCCAAUCAACUCGGAGUACCACGCAGCCUGAGACCUUGUAUAACACUGUCAAGGAAGAAUCGUUCAAGAGCUACCGCCCGCCUGAAAUCAGCGAUGAAGACGCGAGUUCCAACCCGCCUGUGACGCUGGAGAGCAGCUUCCACUCGUCGAGUACAGAGUCUUUCAAUUUCCAGGAACGCACCGUGCCUACGACUCACUCUCCAGAGUUUCCUCUUUUUGAUACUGCUUGCGAGUCCAGCGACGCAUCGCUCCGUUCGUUGUGCGCAUCAUCACACAACACCACCAGUAACCCGUACUAUCAGCCUCGCAGCACCGCUGCACGACCUUGCUCCCCAUUCCGUCCUGCAGAGGCUCCUCCUCCUUCUCCAAGUCCGCCUUCUCGCAGGCCGCCACCUCCAGCUCACCACCUACCGCCUCAGACUUCUUGCCCCUCUCCGGUCGAGAUGCGCUCGGGAUCAAGCUUCCCGGACUUCCCAGGCGUCUCCGGCAAGCCUCGCUUCGUCGACCGCAAUCAGUCCUGGCCUGGUGACAUGCACGUACCCUCCCCCUCCGACUUCUCCUACGUGUCCGGCACUGGGCGCAGAGUGUCUGCCUCUGAUGGCGCCCGGUCACCUCAACCGAUCCCACCCAUGUACGACAACCCUCGUCCUUGGACACACGCUGAUGCCGGCGAGCGCUUUACCACCGGCGCCUUUGGCAAACCGCCGCCGCCGACAUCGUCCUUUCAGACGAGCACUAGCCCGCCCGCCUCGCCCUGGGCCAGCUUCAGCGGACCCAUCCCCCAACCCGCCGCGGACGAGUCCGGUGGCGGCGGCAGCAGAGGCGCAUUUUCCCACGACGGGAGUAGCCACGCCGGCGCGCGCAAGGCGUCCGCCUUUGGGGGUUGCUACUACCGCAACAGCUCGCCGGAGCCGGCUUCGCCAGACGAUCCGCCCCGGGGAUUCCCGUUUCGCUUCGAAAAGCCAAGAUCGUACUCGCGCCGCGGAGGUGGCGUCCGCGACGAGUUCAAGUCGACGCGCGGUGCUUGGAACGUCAACACCGGCAGAUCGGCGUUUGCGCGUCGUGGAGGGGGGCACGAAGACGUGCCGGAGCCCAUUAUCGAAGAGCCGUCAUCGCCUGUGGCCAAGUCGCCGCUGACGACACCACUGUUGCUCGAAUUUCACGGGGAGACUUCUGACUCGGGCGUCGAAUUCCUCACAGAUUCCUCAGACUCCUUCUCCGCGUCGUCAUCGUCCUCGUCGUCGCAGGAGAGCUUGCUCGCUUCGCACCUCGGUGAUUUCUCCGUCCACAAUCGUUAG